AUGAAGACCUUCGGCCUCCUCGCUCUGGCAGCGAGCGCUAAACUCGUCGCAUCCCACGCCACCGUCUUCGCCGUCUGGAUCAACGACGAGGACCAGGGCCUCGGCAACAGCGCCGAUGGCUACAUCCGCACGCCCCCCAACAACAACCCCGUCCAGGACGUGACCUCCACCGACAUCACCUGCAACGUCAACGGCGACCAGGCCGCCGCAAAGACCCUCGAGGUCGCUGCCGGCGACAAGAUCACCUUCGAGUGGCACCACAACUCCCGCGACUCCUCCGACGACAUCAUCGCCUCCUCCCACAAGGGCCCCGUCCUCGUCUACAUGGCUCCCACCGAGGAGGGCUCCGCCGGCUCCAACUGGGUCAAGAUCUACGAGGACGGAUACUCCGCCUCCGACGACACCUGGGCCGUCGACACCCUCAUCGCCAACAAGGGCAAGCACUCCGUCACCGUCCCCGACGUCCCCGCCGGCAACUACCUCUUCCGUCCUGAGAUCAUUGCCCUCCACAGCGCCAGCAGCGAGGGCGGCGCCCAGUUUUACAUGGAGUGUGUUCAGUUCAAGGUUACCUCUGAUGGAACCACCGAGCUCCCCACUGGCGUGAGCCUGCCCGGUGCUUACUCCGCCACCGACCCCGGCAUCCUCUUCAACAUGUACGGCGACUUCGACACCUACGAGAUCCCCGGUCCCGCUGUCUGGGACGGUGCCUCGUCUGGCUCUGGCUCUGGCUCCGGCUCCAGCUCCACUGCCGCCGCUACCUCAACUGCUGCUGCUACAUCCGCCGCUGAGAAGACCACCUCUGCUGCCACCACCACCUCCGCUGCCCCCACGACCACCGAGGCCGCCGCCACCAGCGUCGCCCCCUCCACCACCGAAGCCGCUGCCGUGACCUCUUCGACCUCCUCUGCCACCCAGUCCCAGACCCAGGUCCAGCCCACCUCCGUCGCGACCUUCACCACCAGCGUCAAGCCCACCUCCGCUGCCCCCACCACCGCCUCUGUCGCCCCUACAUCCCAGGCCUCUGCUGCCCCCACCGGCAGCACCGGCACCGGCUCCAUCCAGAUCUACCAGCAGUGCGGCGGCAUGAACUACAAGGGUGCUACUGGCUGCGCGAGCGGUCUGACCUGCAAGCAGUGGAACCCUUACUACUACCAGUGCAUUGCGGCGUAG